AUGGCACCAUCAAAGAAACCUACUCUGAAAGAGAGGAUUGAGGCGAUGGGAGAGUACAUUGCGCUUCGUGAGGAUUAUCGCGGUCGCCUGCCCGGUUACAUAUCCCGCUUUACUGGAUACAAGCCGCCGGAUGCUGAGCCGCCAUACGAGCCUUUAAGCUUUCCGCCAUUUUCUUGGCUGAAAUGGAUUCCGCUUGAGUUGGAAGUCUGCGCUUUUACCUGGAUUGGCUCAUUCGGAGGUAUUCUUCUGAUUGAAGCAAUCAUGUCGGCAAAUACAGCGUUCUCUGAAGUAUACCAUGCGCCAAUCAUCAUCACCUCAUUCGGCGCCUCGGCGGUGCUGUUGUUUUCCGCUAUCGAAUCACCUCUUGCGCAGCCUCGAAACUUCGUCCUCGGCCAUUUUGUAUCCGCCCUCGUCGGCACAUGCAUUACCAGACUCUUUGUCCUCAAUCCACACUACCACCCGUUUCUCGAUGAGGGUGGUUUCCACGCCAAUGUCUUUGUGAAUGGUGGUUUAUCAAUGGCAACAUCUGCUCUUGCGCAAGUUCUAAUCGGAGCUGUGCAUCCACCUGCCGGCGCAACUGGACUCAAUGCUGCUGUUCAAUCAGAAGUUGUCACCCUCUCUUGGCGUUAUCUGCCGGUUAUACUUGCCUCGUCGCUAAUCAUGCUGGGCUGGGCUCUUAUAAUAAACAAUGUUGGUCGUCGACGUUAUCCUGUUUUCUGGUGGAAGCCAGGGAAAGUGUUUGUUUCAGCAACAAAAGAACAGCAGAUUAUGGAAAACUUGCGUGAAGCCAGGGAAGUGGAGAUGGUGCUUAGAGUAGAGGAAGGAGCCAAUGUGGGUGACGAAGGAGGCAGCGAAAUUAGCAGACAUGAGCCAUGA